AUGGCGUCCGCCGCUUCGGCCUUCGCCGCCCGCCGGAUCGCCUUGCUGUCCGGCGCCCACCGGAUCUCGCGCUCCUCCAUCGUCACGCGCGAAGUGACGGGGCAACACAACCUCACCAUCAGCGGCUACGCGGCGACAAGGAAAGUCCCGAUAGACUGGACCGCGACGUCGCCGGCGUUCGACGCGGCGGGCUACCGCUGGCGGAUCAAGUACGACCCCAACGGAAACAGCUGGAACGACUCCAUUUCCCUCUUCCUCGAGCUCGCCGACGACGACGAUGGUGCCGGCGACGGCCGUCAGCAGCAGCAGCAAGAAACCGAGCCCGUCCAGUUCGGGUUCAGCCUGCUCGACCAGGCCGGGAACCCGGUUCCCGAGCACACCCGCUGGUUCUGGGAGGUGGGCUACUUCAACGGAGCGUCGAGGAGCAAGGGCUUCCAGCGGUUCAUCAGCUGGAGAGACCUGGAGGAGUCCGGGUGCGUCAAGGACGACAGCUUCACCGUCCGGUGCGACAUCACCGUCAAGAAGCAGGGCAUGGACGUCGUGAUCGACGUCGGCGGGGAGACGUUCGAGGCGCACGGGUGGCUGCUGGCGGCGCGGUCCCCGGUCUUCGAGGCCGAGCUCCUCGCCGCGCCCAAGGAGAAGGCGUCCGGCGGGGUCGUCCGUCGCCGCGUGGAGAUCGGUGGCGUGGAGCCCAAGGUGUUCAAGGCGCUGCUCCACUUCAUGUACACCGACGAGCUGCCGUCCAAGAUCGAGGAGGAGGGGCAGGAGGAGCAGCAGGGCGCCGUGGAGGUCGCAAUGGCGCAGGGGUUGCUCGCGGCGGCGCACCGGUACAAGCUCGAGAGACUCAAGCUCAUCUGCGAGGAGAUGCUGUGCCAGCGUAUCGACCUGGACACGGUGGCCGGAUCCUUGGCUGUCGCGGAGCAGCACAGCUGCGAUGCUCUCAAGGCCGCUUGCGUGGAAUUUCUUUCGCUUCCGGGGAACCUCAAGGCCGCCAUGGAGACCCAAGGGUACCAGAAGAUUAAAGCCAACUGCCCAGUUAUGAUUGAGCUCAUCCUGAAGCAAUUAUUGGUCUAG